GAGUGCGCCUUUCCUGCACAUGCGCCCUGACAGCCCAACAAUGGCGGCGCCCGAGGAGUCGCUGAGGAGGCGGAAAACCGGGUACUCGGACCCGGAGCCUGAGUCGCCGCCCGCGCCGGGGCGUGACCCCGCAGGCUCUCCGGCCCAUCUCCACACGGGCACCUUCUGGCUGACCCGGAUCGUGCUCCUGAAGGCCUUAGCCUUCGUGUACUUCGUGGCAUUCCUGGUGGCUUUCCAUCAGAACAAGCAGCUGAUCGGUGACAGGGGGCUGCUUCCCUGCAGAGUGUUCCUGAAGAACUUCCAGCAGUACUUCCAGGACAGGACGAGCUGGGAAGUCUUCAGCUACAUGCCCACCAUCCUCUGGCUGAUGGACUGGUCAGACAUGAACUCCAACCUGGACUUGCUGGCUCUUCUGGGACUGGGCAUCUCGUCUUUCGUCCUGAUCACGGGCUGCGCCAACAUGCUUCUCAUGGCUGCCCUGUGGGGCCUCUACAUGUCCCUGGUCAAUGUGGGCCAAGUCUGGUACUCUUUCGGAUGGGAGUCCCAGCUUCUGGAGACGGGGUUCCUGGGGAUCUUCCUGUGCCCGCUGUGGACGCUGUCAAGGCUGCCCCAGCACACCCCCACAUCCCGGAUUGUCCUGUGGGGCUUCCGGUGGCUGAUCUUCAGGACCAUGCUCGGAGCAGGCCUGAUCAAGAUCCGGGGGGACCAGUGCUGGCGGGACCUCACCUGCAUGGACUUCCACUAUGAGACCCAGCCGGUGCCCAAUCCUGUGGCGUACUACCUGCACCACUCCCCCUGGUGGUUCCACCGCUUCGAGACUCUCAGCAACCACUUCAUCGAGCUCCUGGUGCCCUUCUUCCUCUUCCUCGGCCGGCGGGCACGUAUCAUCCAUGGGGUGCUGCAGAUCCUGUUCCAGGCCGUCCUCAUCAUCAGCGGGAACCUCAGCUUCCUGAACUGGCUGACCAUGGUGCCCAGCCUGGCCUGCUUCGAUGACGCCACCCUGGGAUUCUUGUUCCCCUCCGGGCCAGGCAGCCUGAAGGACCAAGUUCUGCAGAUGCAGAGGGAAAUCCGAGGUGCCUGGCCCAAGCCCAGAUUCGGCUCUGUGGUGCGGCGUGCAGCCAACGUCUCGCUGGGCGUCCUGCUGGCCUGGCUCAGCGUGCCCGUGGUCUUCAACCUGCUGAGCUCCAGGCAGGUCAUGAACACCCACUUCAACUCUCUUCACAUCGUCAACACUUACGGGGCCUUCGGGAGCAUCACCAAGGAGCGGACGGAGGUGAUCCUGCAGGGCACAGCCAGCGCCAACGCCAGCACCCCCGACGCCGUGUGGGAGGACUAUGAGUUCAAGUGCAAGCCGGACCUACGAGCACAACGACUGGAUCAUCCACCUGGCUGGCAAGCUCCUGGCUGGCGAUGCCGAGGCCUUGUCCCUGCUGGCACACAACCCCUUCGCGGGCAGGCCCCCGCCCAGGUGGGUCCGAGGAGAGCACUACAGGUACAAGUUCAGCCGUCCUGGGGGCAGGCACGCCGCCGAGGGCAAGUGGUGGGUGCGGAAGAGGAUCGGCGCCUACUUCCCUCCGCUCAGCCUGGAGGAGCUGAGGCCCUACUUCAGGGACCGUGGGUGGCCUCUGCCCCAGCCCCUCUAGAUGUGCACAGAAAUAAAGGCAAAGACCCAGCCCCUCGGCGGUUCAGCAACGUCUGCCCGGCCCAAGCUCGGCAUCGCCAAGAGAGACGUGGAGAGGAGAGCGGUGGGACCCAGCCCCCAGCACGGGGGUCUUGGGUGGGGUCUGCUGUCACACACUGUGGCGGCUCCCAGGCUCUGCCCGCCUGGGGCCCCAUAUCCAGGCCAACCCUUGUCCCAGGCGCCAGCCUUCUCAGGGGGCUCUGAUCUCCGGUCCCUCCCACCCUCCUCCCAGAGGCCCAGCCUGGGGCUGUGCCGCCCACAGGAGUUGACACAAUGGCCAUCAUGACACCUUCCUCCCCUACAGCCCUGACCACAGACCCAGCCAGGGAGCUCUCAGGGUCCCUAGCGCCCCACGGGCUGGUUUCUGUUCCCCCCUCAAUGGUGUGUUCCCAGCCAGGUCCUGACCCUCAGAGCCGAGUCCCCGUCAUGUCUGGGGCAGCCGAGCCCUCACCCCACAGGGACCUGGACGUGCCCGGCUAGGAUGUGGGGUUGGACAGGCCAUUUUCUGUCCUGUCCCUCAUCUCCAACCCCACCACAGCCUACACGCAUCCCACACGUACAGGCACACACAAGGGCACACAGCCCGUGCACACGUGUGUUCUGGGCCCGGUUUCAUCCCCCAGUGACUGGUGUCUGUGAGGUGCAGAUGGACACACCGCACACCCAGCCCCCCCACCAGGCUGUGACCACGCUGCCUCUGAGGCCUUGACAAGACCCCUCAGUCGGAGGACAGCCGGCCGUGCACUUUCAUCGUUGUCGGACAAACAGCGUCUACUGCACAUUUUUCUAUUAUUCCUAUUCUUAUGCCAUAUCUAUUGCAUAUUUUUCUACUAUUCCUAUUAUACCGUUUACCAGCUUACUCGAAAA